AUGGCAAGCGCAAUUGCAGAGGAUGACGAGGGCGGUCUCUUCACCAGCAAGUCGACGAUGAUGGCCAAUUUUGAACAAUGGAUCAAAAUGGCUACAGACAACAAGAUCAACUCCAGAAACAGCUGGAACUUCGCACUUAUAGACUAUUUCCAUGAUUUGAAUGUUCUGAAGGACUCGGAGGACAAUAUAAACUUCCAGAAAGCGUCUGCGACACUGGACGGCUGCGUGAAGAUCUACUCCUCUAGGGUAGAUUCUGUUGCCAAUGAAACAGGCAUCUUGCUAAGCGGAUUGGCACAAAGGAAAAACCAGACCGGAGCAUUGGAUGCAGAAAAUGGGUCUGGAGAUAACGUUGAUCAAGAAAACCAAGAUGCCGAGGGAGCAGUCACGAUUGACCCUUCAACCGGGUUGCCGGUCUCUAACGAAGUUGAGCCAGCAGGCACAAGGCGUAAUUAUAAUCGAGUUUUGGAAACGACUCUGGUCGACUUCGAAACACUGCGAAUGCGUGAGCUGGAUCAAGAGCUGACGAUAGACCCGUUAUUCAAGAAAGCGCUGGCGGAUUUUGAUGAGGGCGGGGCUAAAAGUCUGCUCAUAAACACACUGCAUAUAGACAGCACUGGUCGAAUUGUGUUUGAUGCCACGACUAGUCAAGACUACGAGGGGGACCUUGGAGCUUCACAAGCAGACUCUACCCAAACACCCGAAGCUGCAACUGAAAAAGAGGAUCAAGACGAAAUAAUGGAUGAAACAAAUGAUCGAUCCUUAUUGCAAGAAAAGACCCCGGAACCGCACGAGUCACCACCGGCUAAUGCUGAUACAUCUAUGGUCAAUCAAAGCAUCGACGUUGAAGACGAGAUUCUAGCGCUCGGCAUGGAUUUUAUAGAUUUCAAGCUUAUAAACGAGGCAGAAAUAUGCCCGUCAAUGCAGAGGCUGAAAGAUGUGGUUACCGAUGUGCAGAAGGCCAAAUCGUUCAUUGAAGAUGUCAACCACAGAGCAGACAACUUCUUGACGGAGCAAGAUUUGCAAGAAGCCAUGCCUGAAAUGGAUGGUGACGGUGAGGAUUUUGACCUUCCUCCUGAUGGCGAUUUUGAGAUGAGCGGUGGUCUUUAUGAAGGUGCUGCUGAUGGUGACGGUGAUGACGACGGUGAAGGUAACGGGGAAAUUGGAGAUGGUGCUAAUGAUUUAUCGACGAUCACUAACAAGGAAAGUCUAAUCGAAGACGCUGUUACUAGCGUCAUGGACCGCGAUGUCAUGGCAUAUUUUGAUGAGACCCUUAGAAAAAGCUGGCGUGGCCGUGAGCAUUGGAAGAUUAGAAACUUCAAGGAUAGGUUGGGGGCAAACACAGGCGGUGAAGUGGGAACGAAGGAUAAUGAAACAAUUGAAAAGGAGAAAGAAGCGGCCAAGUCUAAGAAAGCGGCCAAAACCAAGUUGUCUAUUGACUUCUUCAAUUUUGACCAUACAGUUGAGGAGAGAAUCUUUGAAAAGAAGAAAGCCAGUAUUGAAAUGUCACAAAAAUCUCGUACAAACCCGGGACAUUAUCUGUUACCUGACGAUUAUCAUUUUUCAACUCAGAAGAUUACACGACUGUUUCUGAAGCCCUCGCAACAAAUGAGUUUUUUUUCACAUCGCAAGCCACUUUCUAGUGGCCAAAGCGUUAGCGGGACCCUUCAAAUUGAUGACACAGACUUGAAUGGAAAUAGCGGAAUUGCCGAAUUAGCAGACCAAAACUUUUGGGCGAAGAAUUAUCAGUUACAAGACCAAGACGAGAAAACGAGCGCUGCUGAUGAAAAGGACCUUGGUGGUGAUAUCAAUGAUGGUCUGCCGAACCCAUUCGAUGACAACGAUGAUGGCGGCAUCGAUUUCAACCAGGCUUUCGGAAAUGACAGUUUAGGAGAUGCAGAUGGCGGCUCUUUGGAUCCUCCCGCUAGUGGUUCAGCCGGCCUGACACAGCCUCUUGGGAGACCAGAUGGUAAGGUCAAUUAUUCUAGAGUUUCGAAAAAAGUGGAUAUCAAGAAAUUGAAAGACAACAUAUGGACAUCUAUCACCGGAGCCCUAGAUGCUUCCAAAGAUGGGGGAAAACAAAAGUCUCAACAUGAUCAGGAAAUGAGCGAGAAUUCACCUAACGGCGAAGCUCCAAUUGAAGAAUCGGAAAUCCCGGAAACUGAGGACACUGAGAACGUGAGUCCGUUCACCAGCUUGAAAUUCUCAGAUAUCACCGAACGCAUCAGUGCCAUGUACAGUGGGGACAGAAGAAAAGACUUGUCUACGAGUUUCUGUUUUAUUUGCCUGCUUCAUCUGGCUAACGAGCAUGGAUUUUCUGUAGACCCAACUGACAAAUUCGAUGACUUGGCGAUCAAAAUUCAGACUAGUCUCGCCUCGGCGGAAUCUUGA